AUAACCCUCAAAGAACACAGUAAAGAAAAACAGAGAGCCUCUUUCUUUCCCUCUCUGUGUCAUCAUGUCAUGUCACAGUUUACUUUCAUUUACUCUUCUUCUGCUCACCUUUGUCUUCUUUACUUCUUCAACAUCCAUUCCCUUCUCUGCUCUACCCCCUGCUGUAGCAAGGAGGGAAAAUGAAGCUAAGUAUGAAGUGGAGUUCUCAUGGGGGGCAAGGAGGUCUGUGGUGGAGGCACCCAUUAGUGAACCUGUCGAGGACUCACCAGUACUUGUGUUAGCUCCAAAGAGGACUUACAGAAAAGACCCUCUUAAUGAUUUCAAAAGAUACACCGGAGGAUGGAAUAUCAGUGAUCGCCAUUACUGGGCUUCUGUAGGUUUCACCGCAGCUCCUCUGUUUGCUAUUGCUGCAAUCUGGUUUCUGGUAUUUGGGCUGUGCUUGCUGUGUGGUUGCCUUUGUCAUUUCUGUUGCAAAAGGCAGAGCUAUGGCUACUCUCGAACAGCUUAUGCUAUCUCCCUCGUUUUCCUCAUUCUAUUCAGCAUAUGUGCUAUCGUUGGAUGUGUUGUUCUAUAUGCUGCUCAGGAAAGAUUUCACAAAAGCACAACAGAAACUUUGGAGUAUGUUGUGAAUCAAGCAGACACCACUGUCAAUAAACUAAAGAUUGUGUCAGAUUUUAUUGCUUCUGCCAAGCUAAUCGGAGUUGAUCAAGUUUUUCUACCUUCUAAUGUCCAAACUGAUAUUGAUCAGAUUGGAAUAAGAAUUAAUUCUUCUGCUAAUGUCCUUGCUGACAAAACUGUGGAUAAUUCGGAUGACAUACGUGAUCUCUUGGAUUCUGUGAGAAUGGCUCUAAUCACUGCUGCUGCCAUUAUGCUUCUCCUGACAUUUCUUGGAUUCUUAUUUUCAAUUUUUGGCAUGCAGUUCCUGGUGUACAUCCUUGUCAUUGUUGGAUGGAUUAUUGUUGCUGGAACUUUCAUUUUUUGCGGCACAUUCCUUCUUCUCCAUAAUGUGGCUGGAGAUACUUGUGCCGCUAUGGAUCAUUGGGUGCACAGCCCCACUGCUCAUACAGCUUUAGAUGAUAUACUUCCCUGUGUGGACAAAGCAACUACGCAAGACACCUUGUUAAAGAGCAAGGAAAUCACUACCCAACUUGUUGAAGUGGUCAACCAGGUCAUCACCAAUGUUUCUAAUCUUAACUUCUCCCCCAACUUUAAGCCAGUGUACAUCAACCAAUCUGGUCCGUUGGUACCAAUACUAUGCAACCCAUUUUAUGCCAACUUGACGAUCCGGCCAUGCAGUGCUGGUGAGGUGGACUUGACCAAUGCAACACAGGUAUGGAGUAGCUACGUGUGUCAGGUUUCACCGACUGGGAUAUGUACCACAACAGGACGUUUGACCCCUACAUUCUACAGCCAGAUGUCAGCCGCAGUAAACGUGAGCUAUGGUUUGAACAAUUAUGCUCCUUUCCUGGUUGACUUAGGAGACUGCACUUUUGCAAAGGAAACAUUCGAAGACAUAUGUAGGGAUCAUUGUCCAAGUCUCAGGAGAUACAGUAGAUGGAUAUACAUUGGUUUGGUAAUGGUCUCUACUGCAGUUAUGCUUUCUCUAAUCUUCUGGGUCAUAUAUGGCAGAGAAAGGCGGCACCGUGUGUAUUCCAAGCAGCUAGUAUCUGAAUCAGCACAAGGUCCAGAAAGGGAAAAAAAUUCCUGAAAAAACAGAGCACUUCAUCAUAUUAUUGGCAUUUGGUUGAAGAGGUUUAUUCUGCUUCAUUUUGAUUUGCUGUUUUGUACAUGUGCAUGGUAGUUUUUCGAAUUUUUCUCCAAGUUAUGAUGAAAUUAUUGCUCAAGUGUAAAACUUCCAACAACAUAUGCUUUAAGCCUGGUUGUGACAUUGUUUCCGUCUUUAAAAGGAGAGUAAGGAAAAGAAAUUAACAGCGAA